GUGUGUGUGUGUGUGUGCCUGUAAGAGCAGGGAUCUGGAAAGUAGGCAGAGGGGACUACCACACCUUGGAAGCAUUUACUGCCACUGCCGGAGCUACACAGGGAUGCCUUGUUCCAGGCCACUCCGCUAGGCCCUAGCAGCAUGGGCGGAGCCUGGGUGGGGAGAGAGAGCACGGUUUGGACCCUUCCCCUCAGGACGGGCGCGCUGGCGGGUCACCCUCCCUCGGCUUCAGAUGGGCGAGGACGCUGAGAGCUCCAAAAUCAACCACACCUUCCUGCGAGACUACGUCACUGAAGCUGAUGUCAUCUCUACAGUGGAGUUUAACCAGACUGGGGACCUGCUGGCCACGGGGGAUAAAGGUGGCCGAGUGGUCAUCUUCCAGAGGGAGACUGAGUCUAAAGGGGAGGCGGAGGAGGCGGGGGAGACGGGGGACUCCGGGGAGUACAAUGUCUACAGCACGUUCCAGAGUCACGAGCCAGACUUUGACUACCUGAAGAGUCUGGAGAUCGAAGAGAAAAUCAACAAAAUCCGAUGGCUGCCACAGCAGAAUGCAGCACACUUCCUCCUCUCCACCAAUGAUAAGACCAUUAAACUGUGGAAGGUGAGUGAGAGAGACAAGAGACCAGAGGGAUACAACCUGAAAGAUGAGGAGGGACGACUCAAGGACAUCUCUACCAUCACCUCUCUGCAGGUGCCGGUGCUGAAACCUACAGAUCUGAUGGUAGAGGUCCGUCCCAGACGAGUCUUCUCCAACGGACACACCUACCAUGUUAACUCCAUCUCGGUCAACAGCGACGGGGAGACCUACCUGUCUGCCGAUGACCUCCGCAUCAAUAUGUGGCACCUGGGCAUCACGGAUCGCAGCUUCAACAUCGUGGACAUCAAACCAGCCAACAUGGAGGAUCUGACAGAGGUGAUAACAGCAGCAGAGUUCCACCCUCACCACUGCCACUUGUUUGUGUACAGCAGCAGCAAGGGUACCCUGCGCCUCUGUGACAUGAGAGCCUCUGCGCUCUGUGACAAACACACCAAAUUGUUUGAGGAACCUGAGGAUCCAGGGAAUCGGUCCUUCUUCUCAGAGAUCAUUUCCUCCGUUUCGGACGUCAAGUUCAGCCACAGUGGACGCUACCUGCUGACCAGAGACUACCUCACCGCAAAGGUGUGGGACCUGAACAUGGACAAGGGCCCUGUGGAGACGUACCAGGUCCAUGAAUACCUAAGGAGUAAGCUGUGUUCCCUCUAUGAAAACGACUGCAUCUUUGACAAGUUUGAGUGUGUUUGGAACAGCUCAGACAGCGUCAUCAUGACAGGGGCGUACAACAGCUUCUUCCGGAUGUUCGACAGGGAGACGGGACGAGGCGUAACCCUGGAGGCCUGGCGAGAAAGCAGCAAGCCUCGGGCCGUGCUGCGGACCCGCCGGGUGUAUACCGGCGGCAAGCGUCGCCGCGGAGAUGUGGGCGUCGAUAGCCUGGACUUUACCAAGAAAAUCCUGCACAUGGCUUGGCACCCAUCCGAGAAUAUCAUCGCCAUAGCAGCCACCAACAACCUGUACAUCUUCCAGGAUCGCGUCAACCCUGAUACGCAGACACAGUGACAGACAUGGACGGAGAGAGAGAUAUAGACUGUGGCAGGCACGGUGCUAUCGAUUGUCACAGACGGUGAUCCAGAUAUAUUUGGAUGUCUUAGAGAAGGCAUGGGGGGUGGACAGCCUUUAUGAGGAGAUGAAGUCAACGCCAAGCUGAUUCACAAAUACCGAGAUGCAUCAUGAUAAAAUAUUGGAUUCGUGAUAAAACGAGACUGUUAAUUUAUUCGAUCCCCAAGGAAGGUGUAUAAUCAUUUUUGUUCAACAGAGACGAACUGACGUCUUCCGGCACCCAUCAGGACGUGUUUUUGGUCCCACCACUCCCACUUUUUGAAGAUGUUUGUGUAACUGCCCCACUGUAGGGGCAGUAAAAAGAGGUGCGGGGACACCUCUGCAGCUGCAUUGACUCAGUGCUGUCGACCACACAAAGUUGCACUCCUCACUGAUUUCGCUCUAGCAAACAGAGAAAGGGAUGAGGCUACAAAACAAACAGUUCUUAAGAUGAUUAGAUGGCGGAUUCCCAAUGACUUUGCCAGGCAGUGCAUCUAAACUAAGCAUUUUUUUCACUAUUGUUGAACAUUAGGAGUGGCGUUAUUGUACAGCUCUUCACAAAUACAUCCUGAACUUUUUUUUUUCUUUUUCUCUACAACAGCAGCUGAUCCUCUCCUUUAGAGCAGUGCUCUCGGAGAUCGCACGCAUUAAAUGACCCAUAAUCUUUGCCCUAUUCACUUUGCAAUAACAGCACUAAGAUAAAACACAGUGCGGCAGUAUUCCUGCUUUAAAUCAUAAGCUCUUGUUAUACAGGUAAUACACUCUUUUUACUGUUAGCUGUAAAUAUUCUGUGUUGUUUUGUUUUUUUAAGGUGGUACCAAUUUUGGUUCCAGAGAGCUAAAAGAUAAAAAGUUGCAUUUUGUCAUAGAAUGAACCUGGAAUCUAAUGUAUAGAAAGUUUGCAGAAUCGCACUAUUCCAGUUAGAAACUCGAUGUGUGGGCUUUUUUCUUGCAGCGGUACAGAAAUAGGUAUUGUUGGCUGUAGAGAGGGAGGGGUGAGUUGUGCACAAACCAACACUUUCUGUUUUAUUAUGUAUAUUAUUGGGCUUUGAUUGCUGUAUUAAGGUCAUUUCCCUGUCUAAAGUCUACAUAUCUAUGUGGUACAAAUUGAGGCUGAUUGGUGAUUAAAUCGAAUACAGGCAAAAGGUUCAUUCAUGUUAAGUGUUAUGCUGAUUUAAAAUGAGCCGUGUUCAUUUUAGUGCAUAAGCACAAUUUGAUUAAGUAUCUUACAAUCAAGAAGAAAAAAGAAGAUGGAAUCCAAGCACAUUGUUCAUAAUCGAGGCCCUUGAUCCAGCUAAUCAAAGUUUGUGUCCAGUGUAUUUGAAUCUCAGAGGUAAUCAUCAGUGCAAUAGCUCAUUAUGUACAUUGCAGAAAUAUCUUUAACAUACAAACAAUAACGUCAUAUGAAUUUAUCAGAUCACAGGCUCUAAACGUCAUUAUACCGUAUACCUCACAGUGCCACAUGCUUACUCUGGGAUGCGACACUGAAAGCCCGGGAUGUACAGCGGUACAAGGCGACGUCUGUGUUGGACUGAAUUGUGUGACUUGGUCGAGAUUUGAUUGUUUACAGUGAAGUGCUUUGUUUUCAAGUGACCUUGGCCCUGAUGGGAGUUAUUAGAAGUGGUUUGGAUGUGUACUGUAGCAGGUGGAGUAACAGAGUCAGUGCAAAGAGGUGGAAAGUUUCCAGUCCCUUUGCACUUUUGCAUUUUUUUUUCCAAAAUCUGAAAAGUACCCGACCUUAAAUCCCAAGAAAAGAAGGAAAUUGCUCAUAUAUAUGUUGCAUUUGUCUGCUCUCUCCUCACUUAUCACCUCCUUUCGGUUUCCAAAUCAGCGUUCACAGAUGUUUAUGUUGCAGCCUGUGGGCUACUAUUAUGUUCUCACUGUCUGCCAGUGUUGUUGAACGCAGACACAAUCUUGCACUGAUUGGUUUAACAAAGUGUACAAAACACAGCAAAAAGUCCCGGGGCUCAGUCCUCCAGUGGUGAGCUGUAGUUUAGAGCAGGACAGUUGUAAUCGCAUCAUAACCACCACAACCAGUGAGAGGAUUGGUGUUCAGGAACACAGCAGCAGCAGCAUGUCGCCAUUACUCAAUGCUACUAGCGUGUAUAUCUAUCAUACUUUAAAAAAAGACGAAUCUAACAAUACAAAAAAAAAAAACAUAACUCAAAUGAGGUGAAUGAAAGGAAUGUGCAUUAAUUAAACAAUGUGAAAUCCGACAAAGAAACGUGUCGUGUCGAUCAUUUUUUCUCAUCACUGAACAAAAACAUUCAAAAGGUUUUCUGUUUGAAAGACAAACACUUUUAAUAGUCAUCGCAGGCUCAGUUAUUGUCAUUCACAGUAGUGUUCACAUACAGUAUAUGGCUUUUUUCAUGCACUGCAAGUGUCACAUGCUUGACAUAUGAUCAGUACUGCAAUUUAAUAAAACAUUAAAU